AUGGGCGGUGCCGGCCUGCGCGCAGGACCGCCCCCUGGCGCGCGCCGCCGCGCCCCUCGCGCGCCGGAGCCCACCUUGGACUUUGGCUCGGCGGCUGCGCGCGCGGGCGCUCCGGAGGGCGGAACAGUCCCGGGGCGCGCUGUGCGCACGCGCGGACCUCCGCGGGGUCUCCGGAAACGCGGCGGCGGGACGCUACAGAUCUUCCAGCUGCUGCCGCUCACCCACACAAGGCUGUGUUGCUGCGUUUGCCUCACCCCUGCCCUCCCACCCUCAGCACACACACCCUGGCUUUCACAAGAACUGGAAGAGCGGGCCCUGCCUCUCCGCUCCCCUGCGAUGGGCCCUUACCACCCUCUUAAAGGAGCCCGGGAAGAAGGGCAGCGGCCCCACCACGGAGCGAUGACGCAAAACACGGAGGCACAGGCAGCCAGCUGCCACAAAGAACACUCAAACAGCCCUGGAGAGAAACUGAAGGCUCCCACCAGAGCCACUACCAGCUUGCCAGCCAUGAGAGUGAACCACUUUGGAAGCAGAUCAUCCUGCAUACCAGUCAAGCCUUCAGAUGACUGCAAUCUCACAGGCAAUCCCAAGCCAGACAGCUCAGCCAAGAUGUUCCUAAAUUCCUGACUCACAGAAACUAUGGGAGAUAAGAAAUUUUUAUUAUGUUGAGCCACUAAGUUUGGGGGAAUUUAUUAUGCAGCUGAUGUUAUUUGGGCCAAGCUUUGAAAAACAGAUGGGGGGGCGGGGGUAGGAGAAAGUAUAAUAGGAACAAAGAUACAACAACAAGAAGGUAUAAAGAAGGUUGAGGAAGAUGACUAAGUCUGGUGUGGUUGGAGGUUGAAAGAGGGGUGGGGUGUAAAAUGACAGAAAGGGUUAAAAUGUUUCAUGGAGAUCAAUUUGUGGG